AUGUAUAAGCCGAAAGUUGUUGUGUUAGCAGAGCCAUUUCUACGUGAUGAAGUAUUGGAUGACGUAAAAAGGAUGUUGGGUUUUGAUUAUGGUUUCUCGAAUGGGGAUUGGGAUGGUAAAUUGUGGAUAUUUUGGAUGAAUGAUGUAGAUGUGAAUGUGGUGAGCUGCGGUUCUCAACAUGUUACAGUUAUUGUGUCUACUGGUCUGUUGAAAUGUAAAGCUUCCUUUGUCUAUGCUAAGUGUACGUAUGUUCAACAGCGGGAGCUGUGGGCUGAUCUUGAAAAGGAGAGUAACGGUAUUGAACCUUGGAUAAUAACAGGGGAUUUUAAUAUUAUUGCUUCUGAUGUGGAAAGAAGAGGUGGUCGUUCACGUUCCUUGUUGGCGAUGGAGGAGUUCAACUCUUGGAUUCAUUCUUGUGGAUUACUGGAGUUAAAAUUCUGGGGUAAAAGUUUCUCUUGGUGUAAUGGGCAGGCUGGGCGUUCUCGUAGCUGGGCUCGGUUGGAUCGUUCGUUGGUUACACCGAAUUUUGUUCAAGCAUUUCUGGACUCUUUCAUGAGGUAUUUGUCUCGUACGUCGUCAGACCAUGCGCCUAUGGUUAUCUCCAUGGUAAAUAAUGUUGCAUAUUAUGGUCCAUCUCCAUUCCGAUUUCAACAGAUGUGGGUGGAUCAUGUGGAUUUUUUUAGAUGCGUCCGAGAGGUCUGGGAUCAACCGGUGGUUGGUACUGGCCUCAUCAAGCUUGCGGUGAAAUUAAAGAAAUUGAAGACUGUGCUGAAAGGAUGGAAUAAGGAUGGACAAGUGGGCAUAUUAAGCAGUUGGAGGAUCGAAUAG